GAUCAUUUCGCAGACUGUGGAAGGCGGAACCGCCGGUCGUUAUAAGUGUAUUCCCAGGUGGAGAGUGGCCAAAUAGUCGGUUGCAUUCGGGAGGCGCGGUGGGCGCGGGAUCGGGGACGGGGACGGGGGGGGGGCAACUUGGCAUGCAGGUCUUGUCACUGUAGACAGCUGUAGAGAACGCCUGCACUGGCAGAGGGAAGCGCUUAAACAUCGAGGCAGGGGCCGUUUCCGCAACAGGGCUGGGGAGCACUAGAACUUCAAGGCGGGGAUCGUUUACACUGCACUGCACUGCAAGUCCUCGACUGUCCUCGACGGCGAAGCGUCGCGACAUUUGCCUUUCGGUCGCAAAACCUCGCACGACGCGUCUAUGCACAAAACAAUGCUGUGACAUAAUUAUGUCUACUGGAUGUGCGCUCGCCUGGGGCCUGUUCAAAUGUGAAGAAGCGUCGAAGCGUCUACUUCAAUUCAAGUCGCUGCGUCAUCAUGCCCCCCGUCUGACAACACCCAAGACCACGCAUUUGGCGAGGGCUCUUUUAGGCGAUUCAACCCUCGUCACCCCUUUCACGUCUGUCAGUGAUACUUGAGCAGAGACGCUUACCAGAAAUUGUUUCAAACAUAUACUCGGGCACAUAGCGUCUCGCGAGGGCCAAACCGUCGCCAACCGAAGAAGAAGCGUCAAUGGCGCUCAGUCGCUCGCCCGCUUCGGGCCUCAUGCUGGCAGCCUGCUUGCUGCUCGCGGUGGCGGCCACCAGCGCCCAGUCCAUCCUGCAGGUCAUCGAGUCCGCCAACCUGACUCUGCUGGCCGCUGGCAUUCGUGUCUCGGGCCUGGAGGGCACACUCAACAGCACCACCGGCGCCAACAUUACCCUCUUCGCGCCCACUGACGCGGCGCUGCUUGACAUGACCGCCUCCCUCGGCACCGACCCCGCCACCCUCGUAGGCCUCGGUGCCGCCGUGCAGCCCAUCUUCACCUACCACGCCAUCCCCACGCCGCUGCUCGCUGCCGCCAUCCCCACCGGCGACACGCCCUAUGCGACCCUAAACACCGGCCUCAACCUGACCGUGUCCAAGGCCGCCAACGGCAACGUUGUUGUGCGUUCCGUGGGCAGCGACGCCAAUGUCAUCCGCACUGACAUCACCGCGGGCGGCUCCGUCGUUCACAUCAUCGACAAGGUUUUGAUCCCGUUCUACACCACCAUCGCCUCGGCCGCCGCUCGUAACCCCCAGCUGAGCUCCCUGCUGGGCGCCGUCAACAGCGCCGGCCUUGCGGCCACCCUCUCUGACCCCAACCUCACCGCCACCUUGUUCGCCCCCAUCAACGAUGCAUUCACCAGUGGAGUCACGGCCUCCAUCGCGGCCGUCAACACCUCCCUGGUGGACGUGCUGACCUACCACGUGCUGCCCGCGCGCGUGGCCGCCGCCGACGUCCCCACCACCCCCACCGCCGUCGCCACCCUCAACUCCAAGGCCAACCUGACUGUGUUGCGUACCGGCACCACCGUCCUCCUCACUCCCGUCGGCCUAAUCGGCGGCAGCACCACCUCCGUGAUUGCCGCCAACAUCCCCAUCGGCCUCAACCUGCCCACCAGCGCCGAGCCCAGGUCGUACGUGCACCUGGUGAACGCGGUGCUGCUGCCGUUCUACACCACCGUGGGGAAGGCCAUCGAGCGGGCCAGCCUGUCCAUCCUGCUGGCCGCCCUAACCGCCGACGGGUCCCUGACGAGCGCCGCGGCCGACCCCACCUUCCGCGGCACCGUGCUGGCGCCCACGAACGAGGCCUUCGUCCGCCUCCUGACCGACCUGAGGCUGGACGCUACCCAGCUGCUGUCGGACACCGCCAACCUGCGGAAGAUCCUGCAGGCGCACGUGAUCCCCUCGGCCGCCGUGCUAUCAUCCCAGCUGACUGACAAGCAGGUCGUGACCACCAUCGGCGGGUCCAACCUCACGGUGUCGAAGAGCGGCUCGACGGUGACGUUCACUGCCGGCAAGUCCUCCGCCACGGUGGUCAUGGCUGACAUCAAGGCCGGCCCCGCGGUGGUGCACAUCAUUGACUACGUCCUCAUCCCGUCCGACGUGACGCUGAACAUUACUGGUGGCAGCGGCGGCGGCGGCAGCGGCGGCGUAGGCGGCGGCGGCAGCGGCGGCGGCGGCGGCGGCGCUGCUGGCAUGGCCUCGCCGUCCGUGCUGACGCUGCUGUCCUCGGCGCUGGCCUUCCUGGCGCUGUUCGCCUUCGGCCGCUUCUAAGACGGAUAGCACCUAGUGUACAUAUAGUUAGCUGGUAACACUUACAUACAAGCACGCAUCUAGCAUACGAGCGGCGGUUGGUAUAUCAGCAGGGUCCCGGCGGCUUGGACAUACGCAUGCGCUUGAAACAUGCAAGGGGAUAGCAAUACUGGUGUCCAAUGGCAUUCAUCCCGCGACUGAGGACCGGACGAAGCAGUGAUCAUAGCGGACGGGUGUACAUGAUGUGCAAUGGUGCAUAGACAUUUUACUUUUAGCAUUAUCAGCACAGAGGGCGGGCUGUAUGCGUAGCAUGACUACGCAUGGACUGCCUGCUGCGUGCAUGGGACAGCAAGGGGCAUCGAGUACAGUGUUACUUGCCCCGCUUCUGAUUAGUGCAACGGCCGUUCACGGAAUUAUCUAAAGACACCGCGGCCUUUUUGGGCUGAGCCCCCUGAGCGAAGCGAUCCAGGGGGGGCGAAGCCCCCCAGGAUUGCCCCUGUCCGUGCCUGCCUGCCUGCCUGCCUGCCUGCCUGCCUGCGUUGACAAAAAGUGCCAAACUGGUGCAACCGGCGGCAACAGCAGCGGCCACGGCGUUGGGCCCGGUGGUGGCGGCGGCACGGGCGGCCCUGGGCCCAGCGGCAGUGGCGGCGCGCAUGUUCGGAGCAGAGGGGGCAGGCAAGGCCACGGGGAGGAGGACAGCGCGGUGCCGCCUUCAAAGCGGCGCCGGCGCGCAGGUUGAGACCUGCCGGUGUUGUCUGGUUAGCGACCUGUGCUGACGAGGAUGGCGUAGCGGGCAGUCGGCUGCAGCGGCAGGGGUGUUUUCCUUGCUGUCUGGUUGGCCUGCUGCCUGCUGCACUAGUGCUUGAUAGCUGGGCGCGACUGGGCACAUAUGGCGGGCGGUGCCUGUACAAACCGACCCCGGCUAUGUCCGGGAGAUGAGGCUAGUAUCGGAACCUUCGGCCUCAGACGGAGGACGUGGCGUGGCGGCACAGCCCACUUUUCCCUUGCAAGGGAGAGCCACCUUUUCUUGUCACCUUCUGAUGCGAGAAGAUACGCAUGCAUGCUGAGUUGGGCAUCAGCGUGCCGGAGGACAGAAACAGACCGCUGGCGAGGUGUCUGUAAAAAGCGGCGUCUUGAGCGAGUUACACAGACACGAAGGGGGGUUGUGUGCGAUGGGACAGUGGUAACUGGUAAGGCAGGUUGGUAAAAUCCCGUAGGGUGCAGCUGAUUCCCAGAACCCAGCAGAAGGGGGGGGGGGGGAUCCGCUUGCUAAUGCCGUUAUGCAGAUGCUUGGCGCCUAUGUGAAAGUGACUCCAUGAUGCGAGCAGAUACGCAUGCAUGCAGAGUUGGGCAGCGCGCAAGGGGACAGAAUCAGCCCGCUGGCAGGCGAGAGGACCAGGGAGGACUGUAAGAGGCAGCGACGGCUUUGCGGGUGCUGCGCCCCAAUUCACGCCGUGGUGUAACUGUCAGACGGU